AUGGGUGUUUUCAGUCGUCUUUUGCCGGUGAUCCUCAUGGUCCUGCUGGUUGUCGCGCUUGCAGCCAUCGGCCUAGUGGUAUACAGCAUCGCCAUGGAUGUGAAGGAUAACACAAAGAAGAAGAUGGAGAAGAAGAACGUAGCGUUUUCAAGAGACGGCGCCAAGGUCGGUGUCAAGGAGAUGCAGGCUGAGGAAUACCAGGACAGAACACAGAGUGUCCUCGUCAACAUGUGGGAGAAUUCUGGUAAUGGUCAGACCAGGGGAAGAAAGAAGAAGGCUUGA